AUGUUUGAAUUAAAAGAAGUAAGCCGAGAAAUAGCCCAUCAGGCUUUAAAAGCUGCUUCUUACAAAUUACCUAAAAAUAAUAAAGUUACGGAGUUACGACAAGCCUUAUUUAUGCUGAGGCUAGAACAGCGUGCUGGUCGACUACGCCAAACUCAUCAAAUUAAAAAAAUAAGAAAAGAAAUUGCCCAUAACUUAACUAAGCAAAAUCAAGCACGGAUAGUUAAAGACGAAGCAUCCGGAGGAAAAAUAUAA